GAGUCCACUUGUCUCCUGCACCUGCCUGCCUGACUCCACACUGCAGUCUUACACCUUCCUCUUUAGUGUGCCAACUAACACCUGGAGAGUGAAAUCAAACCGGCUGGUGUUAAAGAUGGAGCUGUUGGCCGCUGCGCCUUUAAGACUGCAUGUGGUAUACAUCUCGCUGCUCCCAUGGCAGGCUCUGUAGGUGCACGCUUUCAAAGUUUGACUGGGGAAUAGGGGGGGUAACAGUGGAGACGGCAGCAGCAUCGCCCCGCCGGGAAACAGACACCAGGAAAUUAUCAUCUGAGGAGAGACGGGUUUGGAAAAAGGACCGCAGCUCGCCUGGGAGUGUCCGACUCCGGCGAUAAGAACAAUGGGAGAGGUGGCUGAGCGGAUUUUCGAUUUCUAAAUGGGAAACACAAGAAGGUUAAUGUAACACAGUGUUUGCUGGAAGGAGGGACUCCCGGCUGCAGCCUGCCCCCCUCAGCCAUGCCGCUCGUAUUCCGCACGCUGUUGUUCGGCUUUGUAACGCUGCUGGUUGUGAUUUUGAUAAUUGAUGAUAUUGCAGAAGUGGAGGAAGAAACUGCAAAUGCUGGACAUUCAAAGAAGAUGAACUUGCACCAGCUCAUCCCUAAACCACAAAGAAAGGCUGCAGCACACGUGGAUCCAACGGCUCUGUCGAGAUUGAAGGAUGUAAAUCACCUCAGUCCGAGCUACAAUAACACCACAAGGCUCUCGUCAAACGGCUGGACCUUCAACAAGACCCUCUCCAACCUCAUCAGAAAGAAUAUUCUGAGAUUUCUCGAUCCGGAGAGAGACAUCUCGAUUCUGAAGGGCACGCUGAAACCAGGAGACAUCAUCCACUAUGUGUUUGAUCGCCACAGCACCACAAACAUCUCAGAGAAUCUCUACCGUCUUUUGCCAACUGUGUCCCCCAUGAAGAACCAACAUCACAGGCGCUGCGCCAUUGUGGGAAACUCUGGGAUCCUACUGAACAGCAGCUGUGGACCUGACAUCGACUCGCACGACUUUGUUAUCAGGUGUAACCUGGCACCUGUGGAGGAGUACUCUCAGGACGUGGGGUGGCGGACCAACUUGGUAACCAUGAACCCUUCAGUGGUGCAGCGGGCCUUCCAGGACCUGGUCAGCGAAGAGUGGAGGGAUCGCUUCCUGCAGCGGCUUCAAAGCCUCAGCGGCAGCGUGCUGUGGAUCCCGGCCUUCAUGGCCAAGGGGGGAGAGGAGCGCGUGGAGUGGGCCCUUCGUCUCAUCCUGCUGCACACCGUGGACGUCCGCACUGCCUUCCCCUCGCUGCGCCUUCUCCACGCUGUCAGAGGGUACUGGCUGACCAACAAUGUCCACAUCAAGCGUCCGACCACGGGGCUCCUCAUGUACACGCUGGCCACCCGCUUCUGUGAGGAGAUCCACCUUUACGGCUUCUGGCCCUUCCCACUCGACCCGCAGGGCAAACCGGUCAAAUACCACUACUACGAUACUCUAAAGUACGAGUACACGUCCAGCUCCAGCCCUCACACCAUGCCUUUGGAGUUCAGGACCCUGAGCGCGUUGCACAGACUGGGGGCACUUCGGCUCCACACCGGAGCCUGCGCUGCGGAGAGGAGACCGCAGAAGGAGCUCAAAAGCAAAUAGCUUAAAAUGAGCAUCUCCAUGGAAACCACUUUGAGACUGUGGACGAACAUUUUUCUUGUUAACGUACUUUUAUGAAACUUGAAUUAACUUAUUUUCAGUAAUUGGAAUGAACUUUUUCUAUUUCAGGCUCUUGUAGUGACUUCUUUAACUGGCGUGUUUUACCUUUAAUGAGAUUUCUAUGGCAACCUUUAAAAUAACGAGACCCUUUUUCUGCUCUUCAUGAAGGUCCUGUCAUGUCCAUCUGUCGGCCCCUUUGUUUUCUUAAAGAGACCAUUUUAAAAGUCCGUCCGGGUUUCUAGUACAGUUGUAAGUUACAAAUGAAGGUUUCAGAACACCUAUUUGUGUUUUCAAAAUUGGUCAUUAGACGCCACAAAUUAAUAUUCCCAGUUUAUGAUGUGAUAGGGCUCCAUUAAAUGUGUUUUGUUAUUUACCCAGCGCGUCAACAUCACAAAGAGCUGCUGAAUUAACGGCCCCUGUGAGUCACUAUAUGGGCCACAAGAUGGAAGCACUUAAUAAUCAGAGAGGAUGUUGAUGAGAGGAAAAAGAUGUCGGUCAACUGUUUAAACUUUUGUUUUUAUUUUUUUAGUGUGAUAAACCAACACGUGAAAACACAUUUUCCUCUGAUAGAGAACAUUUUAAACUUUUGUACCUUCUUAUAAAGAACCGUCAUUGGUGUUCACAGUCCAACAUUUCAAAAGUCCACCCACCCAGAGCUGCCAUGUGAUAACAUCAGGUUACCUUGAGAGCCAAAUAACGAAACGGAAGCACGUUGAAUUGUAUUCAGCUUCUGUGAGGAUAAAGAGGGAGUGUACCAGCUGCUCACAUAAGAAUGUUUACACAGACUUAGCCCGCGGUAAACUCACUUCUGUAAACUCAAAGAACACCAGCCCUGUCUCUGCACUGGAAAUCUAAGUAUUGAGGUCAGACUGUAGUGGUGUAGUAGUAAGAGGAGCUUAUUUUAAAUGAAUGUAUUGGUGAUACUCUUACAAAGGUUGUAAGAAAUGAGCCCCAUAAUGUGCUUUAAAUAAAUUCCUGGUCACAGUUAGCAACAGCUUCAGUGCACUGAGAGGAGGACGAGCUGAUAACUUAUAUGCCUUCAUUCAUUUUAAUAACAUGAGUUAUACCUAUUUAGUGUGUUUGGGUAAACCAAUAUAGGUUGGUACAGAUAUUUUUAGAUAUUGAUUGACGUUGCCAGUAUUUUGUGCCUGUAAUCUAUAAAUUUGACCAUUUAAAUGUGGACCAUUCACAUGCCCAGAAAGAAAGGGUUAUUCUUCACAGCAGUGGUUCCCAACUGGUGGAUCACGGUCCUAAAGUGGGUCGCGGGUCCAUUCUAGAUUGACUGCAAGUGAUUUGUGAACGUGUCAAGCAUGUAAAAAAUACACUUUAUUUUUAAGUAUAGUGAAUUUCCAGUGCAUAGCUUUUAUUUUGAAGUGUCAUCUCCUGCUGUAGAGUUAUUGACUAAUAGACAGCUACUUGACAGAGACAGCAAAAUAGCUCGACCAAACGUUAGUAUGACGCUGAAUAUAUUAAACAGUGUGGACCUUAAACUAAAGGCUCAAGAGAAAUCUGGACCUCGUGGCUGGACCAGUUGGGAACCACUGUUUUACAGGAUGGGAAAUAUAGAAAAAGUGUUUCAAUAGUUUAAUUUACUUCUGAAACCCAGAUAUGAAUAAACAUGAAAAAAAAACCAAGUAAAUUUGAUGGAGAUUUAAUAAAGGAACAGUGUGUAAGAUUAAAGGGGAUUUAGUGGCAUCUGGUGGUGAGGAUUGCACAUUACAAUCAGCUGAAACUUCUCCCGGUUAGAAAUCCUAAAGUGUUCAUUGUUCAGGAGGUUUUUAUUACGAGCCGAAUUAUCCGCAGAGAUCCCAUCCUCUCCAAACCAAACUGACCACGAUUAAAACCGGUAAAAACACUGAAUAAAGCAGUUUCACAUUAUAAAUCAGUGAUUCUCUGAUGCUGUUUGGUUUAUCACAGAUGGGCCGUGAGCCCAGCGCCUCCAUCUGUGAGCUCACCUUUUUUCUCUGAUAACUUAAGAGCCAGACAUUCAGGAGGUUUUUUACCAGGAUCCAAAUUAUCUGCAGGGGUCUCUUUCUCUCCAUAACAAAUAAACUGUGUGACUAAAACCAGUAAAAUCACUGAAUACUGAAGUUUCUUGUCAAAAAAAAAUCAGUGUCUUUGCAACACUGUUCGUCACAGUGGGGCUGCCAAAUACAGUGGCUGAUGUGAAAACCCAAAUGGCCCUAUCAAGAGCCAGUGUAUGGUUUCUCCAUUAUGGGCUACUGUAGAAACAUGGCAGUGCAACACAGCAAUAUCUGUGCAUGAGGAUCAGCUCCCUAUGUAGAUAUAAAUGGCUCAUCCUGAGGAAACGAAUUCGAUCACCUCAUACAGUUGCGUAGUGGCCACUCUCUGGUUCCCCACUGGUUAACACAUUUAGCUCUGUCAGCACUGUUGCUGUUGUUUGCAGUAAUUAUGAAGUUAGCUCUGUUAGCUGUUAGCCUCUGGCUCAGCUGAAAACUGUGUCCAGACUAUUCAUAGUCUCUGAAUUUCUAAAUAAAGGGUGCUCCUUAAUCACCAUACAGACAGACAGCAAGCCCUUUUGCCCUUUUAACAUUUCAGGUAAUUAUACUAAAGAAAACAUACUUAUUAUGUUAUAUUCCAUUUGCAUCAAUAUAUCCCCUGAAAUCCUACACGCUGUACCUUCAAGUAAUUGUGGUAAAGGAAGAAACUUAAAUUCUGUGUUCAUUUAAGGGUAAUAUCAGACAGAUUUGACAAACUCAGUUGGGUUUUAUACAAAAAUCAGUUGAAGUCUUGAAGUUCAGCAUUUGCUAUGAGGUGUCUUGAUACUGGGCUUUCUGCCAAACGCUUUGGGUAUUUUUGUGCAACAAAAAUGCCUCCUUUAAUAAAUAUUAAGAGAAGUAUUCAAAUUAUUCCAAGCGCUCCGCUUCAAAAACAAGAGGCCUCUCAUGCGCUUCCAGCCAUGUGAUUUAUCCAAAAUAGUGUUGUUUUGACAGGAUGCGCCUGUUGACUUGCAUGAUGGCCAACGCCGCCAGUUAAGUUAAGAAUAGACAUGAAAGUUGUACCAGAGACGUGAGCAGUCUGAAGCAAUGAAAGGUUUAUUUGUGAGAGCUUGUCUGAGCUCGGCAUAAAUAGAAACGUUCUGUAACCAACACAAUUAAGUUAAUUAACCCAGAAUCUGGAAUUUGUCAUAGUUACUAGAGAUGUGGAGUCUGAGCGGAAAAACUGAGGGGACUGUGCUGUAUAGUUUUACCUUCCUUUCUGUCAUGUAUACUGUAUGUUAACAUCUGUUAGAUGUUAAAAUUUUGCAUGUUUGGUCUUGUCUUAAACAACACGAGUAUAUUUGAUUUUUUUUUUUUUUUAACCUUUGGAAAUACUCAGUACGACUCAAGGACAGAUAAAUUGUGCAGUUAUGACAAAGUGAAUGUAUUUUUCUGUGUCACAAAACACAAAAGAUCAGACUGGGGAAAAAAAUAACACUUCAAGCCUCUCCCUUAAAAUGAUUUAACACUUCAAAGGAAGCAAUUUUAUUUCAGCAGUGUUUCAAAGAAAUGGAAACUGGGAAAACAAGAUGUGGGCACACACGGGGACUUGUUUUCAGUAAACUUUCAAAACAGUUUGUUUAAAUGAGGGAUUAGGGAAAUUAGCUACAGUCUUCAAAUAGCUACCACAAUGACUUUGAUUCAUUUUACAACAGGAACUGUCUGUAGCAGAUGAUUCAGUCCUAAUAAAAAGUCCAGAAUUAGCAUCUUUAGAUGAGCAGGGUUUUUCCACAAUUUCAUGCACAACUAAAGACAAAAUGAGAGAUGCUGCCAGCAUGGGAAAGGAUAACUGUACACGGGUGACACACUUGCCUGAGACAAACUUAGCAGAGGCACAAAAAUGGAUCUGCUGUGAAAGACUCUAAUAAAACAUGACACAAUACUGAAAUCAAGUGGUCACACAGUCUGAUGGAAAAACACAGGGAACAGCCUGCAGUCUGCUCGAGGACAUCAUAUCAAAAAUAUGGGUGAUUCACAUGAUUCCAUUCAAACACACUCCAUAUUGCUUGUAUAUCUAACAGUGACAGUAAACGUAUCCUGCCUACUCUGAAUGUUUCCAACAAAGAAAAAUACAGAAUGUUCUUUUCUCCUGGAGAGAAAAUGUUGAACAAGUUGGGCACAUUGCAGUCUCUUCUGUUAACUAGGGAUGGAGGUCAUUCAGAAGCAGCUGCAGCUGUAGGCCAUGGUGCACUAUCAAAUAACAGUUUGGAUUAAAACAGAAGGUCACCUACAACAACAACCACCCACACACACACACAUUUGCUGCAGAAACCUAAUCUAGGGGCACUCUGCAAUGUUGUUAGUUUACUGUAAUUACAUUUAGGGUGCUGGCAGAGACGAGGAAGGUUUGUUAACUCCUCUGUUAUUUCUGUCGUGUACUUUACAUCAGGAUUUUGGUUGAUUAUUGUGUAGUUGGGAUUUGAAUUAAAGAUAUAACGGAUUUAACAAA